GCACUUCCGGUGGGCUCGGGUUUCCUUCGACUCGGCAUUUAAAUUGAGCUGCAGGACAUCAGCUGCUGCUACAUUCAGCCCUGUGCAGUGACAGAAAAUAAACCCGUAGCGCCAACAAACAGGCUCGUCUUAUUUUUUUGAGCCUAAAACCAUCAGACUAACAGCAGACUGAGGAGCUUUGGGCUGUUUACUGUCGGGAAGAGCGGGAGCAGUUGAACAAUAACGGUGACAGCAGCUCGGUGCAUCAUUUUUGGGAUUCCUCCGCUGCCUCUAGGACCGUAUUGAAUAGCGGUAACGUGAUGUUGUGCAUGAGUAGAAUGAUUUAGGCUUUUCUCUGCGCUGUUUGUUUGCUGUGCAGAUCGGUAAACAAAAAUAAACUCCUCGAAUGCAGUGUUUCGUGGCCCAUGAGCACAAGUGGCCUGGACUUUGGAGGACCGAUGGACUCUAUGAGAAAGCAUCUGCAGGGAUAAAUUUGAAUUUUAAUAAACAACUAGGGCUGUUUAUGUUGUAAAAUUGCAUUUAUUACGAAAGGCAAGUUCUUAAAAUAGGUCUGAACUGUGCUGAAAAUAACAACAGGCCUUACCUCAGUAUCAUCAACAACAACAAUAUCAGUCAACACCCAUUCAGUCAUAAGACUUCUAUGCAUUGUGCAUGAAACACACAUAAGAUAGGCAUUUUAUUUUAUUUUUAUUAGCUGAUAACAUUUUUAAUGCAAAAUUAGACACAUUUUGUUUUAGAAAUUAUUGAACAAUUUUGUUAUAAUUUCUAUAGUUUUAAGAUUUUGAGACCCAGUUGAUACAGGUUUCUAAUUUAUCAGCAACAAACAGCAUUUUUUUAACCAGCUACACCUAUUGAAGACAAGACUCCUAACAGUCAGCCACAGCAGCCAUGUUCAGCUGGCUUGGAACCGAUGACAGGAGGAAGAAGGAGCCUGAAGUCUUCCAGACAGUCAGUGAUGGACUGAAGAAACUCUACAAAACCAAACUCCUGCCGCUGGAGGAGAGCUACAAGUUCCACGAGUUCCACUCUCCAGCUCUAGAGGAUGCAGACUUUGACAACAAGCCCAUGGUGUUACUGGUGGGGCAGUACUCCACCGGCAAGACCAGCUUCAUACGCUACCUGUUGGAGCAGGAUUUUCCCGGUAUGCGGAUCGGUCCUGAACCCACCACAGAUUCCUUCAUCGCAGUGAUGCACGGCGACACAGAAGGCGUCGUCCCCGGUAACGCUUUAGUGGUCGACCCGAAGAAGCCCUUCAGGAAACUGAAUGCAUUUGGAAAUGCAUUCCUCAACAGGUUUGUUUGUGCUCAGCUGCCUAACCCGGUGCUGGAAAGCAUCAGUGUGAUUGACACACCAGGGAUUCUGUCAGGGGAGAAACAGAGAAUCAGCCGAGGCUAUGACUUCGCAGCUGUGUUGGAGUGGUUUGCUGAGAGAGUGGAUAGGAUCAUUUUGCUGUUUGAUGCCCACAAACUGGACAUCUCUGAUGAGUUUUCAGAGGUGAUAAAGGCCCUGAAGAACCAUGAGGACAAAAUCAGGGUCGUACUGAACAAAGCUGACCAAAUAGAGACACAGCAGCUGAUGAGAGUUUAUGGAGCCCUGAUGUGGUCGCUGGGGAAAAUAGUCAACACCCCAGAGGUGAUCCGUGUCUACAUUGGUUCUUUUUGGUCUCACCCUCUGCUGAUCCCUGACAAUAGGAAGCUUUUUGAAGCCGAGGAGCAGGACUUAUUUAAGGACAUUCAGUCUUUACCGAGGAACGCAGCACUUAGAAAACUCAACGACCUGAUCAAGAGGGCAAGACUAGCCAAGGUCCAUGCCUACAUCAUCAGCUCACUGAAGAAGGAGAUGCCCUCUGUGUUUGGGAAGGAAAACAAAAAGAAAGAACUGAUCGGCAGUCUGGGAGAUAUCUACAAACGCAUAGAAAGAGAACAUCAGAUAUCACCUGGAGACUUUCCUAAUCUGAAGAAGAUGCAGGACCAACUCCAAGCUCAGGAUCUCACCAAGUUCCAGCCUCUAAAACCCAAACUCCUAGAGUCAGUCGACGACAUGCUCGCCAACGACAUCGCUGGUUUGAUGGUCCUGGUUCGCCAAGAGGAAACCCAGCGACCCAACCCGGUGGUGAAGGGCGGAGCUUUUGAUGGCACUUUGGACGGCCCCUUCGGUCACGGAUACGGCGAGGGAGCGGGCGAAGGCAUCGACGAAGCCGAAUGGGUUGUUGCACGCGACAAACCAGCUUACGAUGAGAUUUUCUACACAUUGUCGCCUGUCAACGGGAAGGUGACCGGCGCCAAUGCCAAGAAAGAGAUGGUGAAGUCAAAACUGCCCAAUACGGUCCUGGGAAAGAUCUGGAAGCUGGCAGAUAUUGAUAAAGACGGGAUGCUUGACGAUGAGGAGUUUGCUUUGGCUAAUCACCUGAUAAAAGUGAAACUGGAGGGACACGAACUGCCACCAGAGCUGCCAGCACACCUGGUGCCUCCAUCGAAGAGGAAAAUACCAGAGUAAAUGUAAGAUUACCCCAUUCCUUUCCUUCCCCCUAGACCUGUAAGUAACACCCCAUCCCCCAAAUUAAAAUAGAAUUGUUUCUGUAGCAUCAUAGCAAAGAAGUCUAACAACACUCAGAACAUACUAGAGCCUCCUACAACCCCUCAAGUUUCUGUUAGCCUGGAUUUGCAGCUUUUUUCUUCACCUUCAAGAGGCAAAACAUUACAAUAGAUUAUCAACUUGCAUAAAAAAAGCAAAAAAAAACAAAAAGUUUAAGAAUGCUAAGCUCACAAGCUGCAAAGAUUCCCACUUGUUUUUUUUGUUGUUUUUUUUUUUUUAAAGCAGAUUUGCCGUUUUAUCUCAUAACUCUUGCUCUAUUUCCUGAAAAGGCUUUAGCCAUAGAAAAACUGCAUCUGCAUAAAGGUUCCCUGUGAGGACUUUGACCAACAGUGACACUACAGCUACAAUACAGCUUAACACCAGUGUCAGAACAACAUAAAAACAGCUACAAAAGUCAAGAAAACUCACUCAAGCCUUUUGGAUGUGGAAGAAUUAUCACGAUAACAAAUGUGUAGCGAAUCUUGCAGGAUGCCUUUUUAAUACACCAGUACAGUAAAAGCUUCAGAAAGCUUUGCAAACAAAUGUCUUCAGCGUCAUUUGUUAAAUUUACACUGAGGAUAACGGGAGUUAGUGGCGAGGAGGGCUGAUGAUAAGCAAAGUAGAGCUGUCGGGAAAGGAAACACUGGAGUUGGAAAAACAAAAUAAAAGAAACUACUGGAAGAAAAUGUGAGCCACAACAAUGUGAAGACAAGAAAACAGUGAGAAAAGACAUUAUAAAAGAAGGGUAUUUCAGAAGGACAAGGGUAUAGAUAUGCAAAUACGCAGCUCAUCCCCGUUGGAUGAAAACUUGAUCUUUGGUAUGAACUUUCUGAUCUGUCUACAUAAUAGACGCCCAUGUUUUACUGCAGUAUUUUUAGAAUUCUCGGUUCCCUGGAACAGCUUAAUAGUCUGGCUUGUUUCAUGGCCACAUAUUAAACAACUACAAAGAUAUCCGGGCAGGUAACAUGGGAAUAUGUACAAAAACACACAGAUGUGCAGAAGGACACACACACACAGAAAGGAAAAUAGCAGAAGUCAGUGUGAUAUGAUGGACUGUUGUUGUUUAAUGUGAGGGAUGAAGGUCUUAUUAUUUGUUGAAACAACUGUAUUGACACUAAGAGGAGCUAGAGAGGUUUGUCACAUUUCUGAUAUUUAACUCGUUCUGAAUCUCAUUAACAUGUUGAAGAUAACUGUGACUAAAAUACAAAUCUCUAGUAUGGGUAUUGUUUGACCAUAUGGGUAUGCUGACAUUCUCAGUAUAAAUGUGUUGUAUUGGAUAUGCCAGGUUAUGUGUGGGCACAUCCCGUCUAUUUUACGUAUGCGUACUGUUCGUUCCACAUGUUGUAGUGCUAUUAUUUGUAACAUGCGUCUUACUUUAACAGAUCUUAAGCAUUACACUCACUACUGUGUUGGUAAUAUUCCACUGAGGUUAUCGAUGGAAAUUUAUUGAUAAAAGUACUAAUCGGCACAGCAUUUUGGAAAAAGAAAUUGGCUGAAUAUGUUAAAAUCUUUACACAUGUAAUACAUGUUAUUCCUCUUUACCAUGUUCUGAUGUAUUACUGUCACCAUAUGCCAGUAUAUGUAUGUAUGUAUGUAUAUAUUUCACCUUUGGGCCAUGUUUGUGAGUUAUUACCAAUGAAAGUCUAAAAUGAACCCAGUUUGGUUUCUAUGAGACACAAUUUACUGAAUCCAUUAUUUCUCCCUGUGCUGUUACUGUGAAUCUAAUGUACAGAGGACUUCUGCCUGCAUUCCAUUCAUACAGAUUGAGGAAUUGUAUUGCAUAUUUUUUAUGCUCAGUAGCUCAUAUUUCAGAGACAAGUCAGAUAAGAUCAGCGUCGUAAAUUUAAAGGAUGCUGGAGAAUGUCGGACAUUGUUUUUCAUCAUUCACAUUCACACGAUGUUUCCGUAUUCCGAUGAAUUGCAACAUGCUUACUGGUAAAUACACUAAGUGGAAACACUGGCUUUACAGUAUUUUGUCUGUUUAAUCCUGGUGACGCAUUGCUAAAUCUGUAUUUCACUGCUUUUCUGUCAGCAUAACAGCCAAAAGUAAUAAAAAACCAUUUACUCAA